GGCGUCCAGUAGCGCCGCAGAAAAAAAGGUUGACUUGCACAGGUUAGCAUACACGGGUUUAUAAUAAUCCGAAUAAUAUUCCGGAUUAAUAAAUAGCUUUUCGAUAACUUGUAGAAGCCCAAAGGAAAACACAGAUGGAAUACGCGCAAGGAUUCAGCAAAGCGGUGAUUUGAAACAAACUUCGGAAAAUAAUCAGACCUGCGAGCUCUUCAUGCAUGAUCCGAUUCAAGUGUUCAUGAACUCAAGCUUACUGGCUCUACCAUGGAGAAGUAUGAGAAGUUGGCUAAGAUCGGCGAGGGCUCCUAUGGCGUGGUGUUUAAAUGCCGCAACAAGGAAACAGGUCAAAUAGUGGCCAUCAAGAAGUUCGUGGAAUCCGAGGACGAUCCGGUAAUCAAGAAGAUAGCACUUAGGGAAAUCCGAAUGCUGAAGCAGUUAAAGCAUGUAAACCUGGUCAACCUUCUGGAGGUGUUCAGGAGGAAGAGAAGACUUCACUUGGUUUUUGAGUUUUGCGAACAAACCGUCCUCAAUGAACUCGACAAGCAUCCCAGAGGGGUUCCCGAGAUCCAGCUGAAGAGCAUCAUCUGGCAAACUCUUCAGGCUGUCAACUUCUGCCACAAACACAAUUGUAUCCAUCGAGACGUGAAACCAGAAAACAUCCUACUAACCAAGACGGGAGUCAUCAAGCUGUGCGACUUUGGGUUUGCCCGUAUCCUGACUGGCCCAGGUGAUGACUACACUGACUAUGUGGCCACACGCUGGUACCGAGCUCCAGAGCUUCUGGUAGGAGACACACAGUACGGCCCGCCGGUGGACGUUUGGGCUCUGGGCUGUGUCUUUGCUGAACUCCUUCUCGGGAGUCCACUGUGGCCUGGACGCUCAGAUGUAGAUCAGCUCUACCUCAUCCGCAAGACACUGGGUGAUCUGAUCCCUCGACAUCAGCAAGUGUUCCGCUCCAAUGCUUUCUUCAGUGGAGUCAGCAUCCCUGAACCAGAUACUAUGGAGCCACUUGAGAAGAAGUUUCACGGUGCCUCACCUCUUGCCCUUAAUGUGAUGAAGUCAUGUCUCGUGAUGGACCCUGCUGAAAGACUGACAUGUGAGGAGUUAUUAGAGCUGCCAUACUUCCAGGACGAGGGUGGACUCGGAUGGGGACGAGAAAGCGAUCGACCCAUGAGGCGCCAUGAGAAAGGUGCCAGACGCAGAGUGCCAGGGGCGCAGUAUUUGCCUCAACUUACCAGUAGCACCAUCUCCCCGGCACCUGAACUGAAGAACAAACACAAGCCCAAGUACGACCACCAUCUACCCAACAUUUAAUCCUGAAAGAGAAAUAAAAAUGAGGGCACAUGAUA